AUGCAAAUGCCUGGUACUGCUCCACUGCUCACUCAACAAGGCCUCACCCAGAUCGGUCUCGCCGGUUCCCAGAUGAUACCGGGUAUGCAAGCCCAACAUCAUUUCCAAGCCCUUCAAGCGCUCGCCGCCCAACAACAACACAUGCAGGCCGAAUUCCAAUCGCUUCCCCCAUCGAGCACCAACGGCGAUGCGGCGUUUGCCAUUCAAAAUGGCGCAUAUCCGAUAAUCAGCAUGGAACAGCAUAACAAUGUGGCGCUACAGCAAUUGGCGCAACUACACCAACAGGCUGCGGUCAUGCCGCUCGUCACCCCAAAAGAGGGUACGUAUCCGUGUCUCUAA